GCCGUAGCAUAAUUACGUCGCCUAGACUAAGUGCAGUCGCAUUCUCUUAGCACCGCAGUUGUCUUUUAUUGUUGUGUUAACGCGGAAAAAUAUUACGUGUAAACACGACCAAACUAUACGUGUUAACACGCAUAUUAAUGUCCUGUUAACACGACAUUAACGUCUCGUUAUUUGCUCUAAUGGCCUUCCAUAGUCCUUCCUCUCCCUUGGGCUGGCGACGAAAACGUUCUUAACAGAAGGGGUGGAACCCCUUAAGUAACUGGCUAACACGUAGAUGGAUUCACUGCGACGUCAUGCAUACUAAAUAAGAUUCGGCAAUCUAACUCAAAACAGAAGCUUGGGAACUCCGUGCACGUGUUGUGGGCUACAUUAAGAAGUCACACUUAGUAUUAUUACAUACGUUGAAACAAAUAACCACAAUUAUGCAGACUUGCUGUGCAGUCGGUUGUGAAAACAGACCCGACUCAACGUCAAACUUACAUUUUUACCGCAUACCUGUUGGAUCUCAUCCCUUUCAAAAACGUCGUCGGCAGCUCUGGCUGCAAGCUAUUAAAAAUGUGGACUGGACCGAGGACUUAAUUAAAAAUUCUCGUAUCUGCAGUGCACAUUUUAUAUCAGGGAAAGCAUCUGUGGACUCAGACAGCCCGGAUUUUGUGCCCUCUGUAUUUGGUCGCACGGAUCAGUCACCAAAAUCACAAACGCGUCUUCACAGUUUGCAGAGAAAAAGGAAAGUGGAUGAGAAUACGUUGCCAGUGGAGAAAAGACGUGACAUCCGUGUUGUAGAUGACCAACCAGCUGUCACUAAGGCACCGGAGUCUACCCCAGAAACUGCUUUAGAAGUCAUGAACAAGAGAAAAAUCCAUGAUUCAAAUGCAAUCUUCUCUCGCAAGCCAUCGAACGCCCCGGACACAGGCGAGCGUCUCCUUCAUCCAGUCAAAACAUUUUCUAAAGCUGAGAUUCAGCAGCUAAUAAAGCAGGAGAUACUGGCCACUAUGCAGCAGUCCGAACACAAGAUGGAUGAGCUCAUUAAGAGGAUCGACUCCAUCUCUAGAUACGAAGCCGUUCUCAUCAGACUGCAAGCAGACGUUAAGAAAAUAAAAAGGCGGGAGCAGGUGGCGCUGGCCUACGUGAGGAAGCUGAGACCAGCGGAACCAGCGCCCCCAGCGCCCCCAGCUGCACAUUGCCAGCCCCUCAGCUCCAGGGACUCCCCGGUCUGCAUCCUGGACUCUUCUCCCCCCGCGGAGCCUCCUCCUGCUGAGCCCAGAGCCACUGACAGCCCCGCCUCCCUCUCCUCUUCCAGGAUCAGUGCUGAAGGAGAUUGUGCUCAGAGCAGAGACCUCUCCAGCCUGGAAGCUUCAGAGAUGGAGGGCGAGGUGGUGUUCUGCGGCGUCAGGCUGCCGAGGAAGAGGAUCGUGGAGGGGUUCUGGCAGAGACGGCUGAAAAUAAACAGAGUGGUGGACCUCACAGAGGACGCAGAGAUGGACGCAGGCAGCAACAGUGACCCCGACAAGAGCCAAAAUGGUGACCCUAACAAGAGCCAAGACCAGGAUUCCAUGGAAACCGUGGAGCAGGAGGCAGCACCUGUCACCGUCCCAGGAAGAGCAACAGACACUGCCCAUGUCCAGAGGCCAACGCCUGCACUGGGACCCCCAAAUUCUGCUCAGGCUCCUGCUCCAUCCUCUCAGGACAGCCCUGCCUCUGCUGCCCCUGCUGCUACUGACAGCCACACUACCUCACAUGCAGGAGCAGUGACUUCCUGCCCCCCGAGUGACCAAAUGCGACCGGCAACAGCGGACCCACCCAACUCCGCCCUCUGUCCUGCUCAGGACGACUGGCGCUCCAGGCUGCCCCCCCUCCCGGCGACGCCCUCCCCCGCCGAGGUCCCGCCGUCCGCCGCGGGCUCCAGCCCCCCCCAGCAGGUGGCGCUGACGGUGGCGCGCAUCAAGAACCCCAAGGGCAUCGGGGCGCUGUGGACCCUGGAGCGGCCCGACCCCCGCGCCGCCCCCGUCAGCCGCUACCACAUCUACGCCCUGCAGGAGGCGCUGGACGGGCGGCUCUCGGCCUGGCGCAGCCUGGGCGCGGUGCGGGCCAUGCCCCUGCCCAUGGCCUGCAAGCUGACCGACCACGGCCCCGGCCGCCGCUUCUGCUUCGCCGUGCUCAGCGAGGACGUCCACGGCCGCUUCGGGCCCUACAGCCAGGUGCAGUCCGUCGGCCCCCAGGACUAGCGCCCGGCCCGGCCCCGCCCUGCCCCGUGUGGCCCCGCCCCCAUCGGCCCCCACCUCGUACGGGGGGGGGGGGGGGAGCGUUCUCAGCGAACGGCCCGCGCUUUCGCCGAAGGGCUCGCGCUCCAGCGCUCUCCGAGCCGCCGUUCUCGUUCACGGCGCGCUCCGGACUGAAAGGAUUUUGAUGAAAUGACGUUUUUUCUCGAUCGUUUGAAAUGCUCAGGGCUCCUGUGCCGCAGUUUGACUUUUUAUAUUUAAGCCUUAAAGGGCAUCCCCCCCCCCCCAUUCCUAAUUCUUGCACACUUUUCAUUCAUUUCACUGACAGUAUGCAAGCACUGGAAUGAGGCAAGACUCUGAAGGCCUACGUCCCUUACUCAGAGUGAAGGACAAAGCGCAUUGUGGCUAGAUUGAAUCUGGGCCCCAGUUACUGGUCUCUGCCUUUGUCAUUGUAUCGCCAGCGGUAACACU